GUAUUUUCCAAAUGGAAUAAAAAAAUAUGCUUCCAAGCGAUACAGAUGAGCAGAAGUUGUUCUCCAAGACUGUGCCUGUCACCAUAAAAGACACCUUAACCAGUCAAAUCAGGAGUAGCAGAUUGUUAUUAAGUAUUGAAUGGCAGAAAGCUUCAUCUGGUGUUUAUGGAAAAGAACUAGUGGUUUCAUUGACUGAUAACAAUGACCCUUUUUUCCUCUACAAUUUACAUUUGACUGAAGAUGAUUUUCAAAGCCUCAAAACUAGUCAAGGCUUGUUAGUUGAUUUUUCUGCAUUUCCUCAGAAGUUCAUUGAACUUAUUGAAUUAUGCAUGCACGAAGAAAGCAGCACAACCCCAAAAUUCAUAUUAACAUUUAAUGUUAAUGAUAGACUUGGUAAUAUCUCCUCACCAUCAAAUUUGGAUGUUAUAGAAACUAAUCCAUUCAAGCAUUUAACACAUUUAUCUAUCAAACUAGUGGUAGCUUCAGAAUCUGCUGUUAAACAAUAUCUUGUAUCAUGUUUUCGAAAUCUAAAGGAAGACAAAUUACAGUUGCAAAAUAGGUUAACAUUUUUAGAAAAAGAGUUUAAAGAAAAGUCGUCUGAUUAUCAGGAAACUUUGAGGUGUAAAGCCAGAGAACUUGAAGCUGUAAAAAGAGACCUAAGUGCAGAACUGGCUACACUAGAAAAUAAGUAUUCAAGAGAUCUCCAGGUGGAAAAAGAAAAGUAUCAAAAUAAACUAAAGGAAGAAGAAUCGAGAAUUGAAAAGGAGAGAAGAGAAAAAGAUAAAAACUUUCGUAAGCAAAUUCAACAGCUUGAAGCUCGAGUGAAUGCUUUAGAUAAUUUAAAUAAGGAAUUACAAGAAAGUAACUUCAGAAAAGAUGAUUUAAUAAGAGAGCUUAGAGCAAAAAUACAAUCAUUAGAAGAUGAAGAGAGAAGAUUAAAUGUAAAACUUAAUGCUAUCAAACGUCAAAGAGAUGAUUUGGAAUCUGAAGUUAGGCAUAAGGGUCAACUAAAAAAUAAAAUUACUGAAUUAGAGAACGAAUUGUACAAUCAAAAACAGGCUAUGCACAAACAGCAAAAUGAAAUUGAAGCUCAUCAUAAGGAAAAGAGAGGAUUGGAAACUGAAGUUGAACGGUUAAAAGUUCAAAUCAGUAUUGAAGCUAAAAGUUAUGAAAGCUUGAAAGAAGAUCUAGUUAAAUCAAAUGAUAUCCUUAUGAAGCUCCAAGUGGAAGUGAAAUGUAAUCGUGAAAGAAUUACAGAACAAGAAAAAGUUAUAUUAAAGCAAGAAAGUACUAUUUCUAAAGACGAAAAAAUGAUUGAGACUCUGCAGCAAAAAAACUCAGAAAAGUCUCUAGAGUUGGCAGAAAUAAAAAGCAAGACAAAAUCUUUAUCUGAAAUGAUUUCUUCCUUAAAAGAAAAAAACCAUUCUCUUGAAAAAGAGUUAAAGAAUAAAGAAAAUGUUAUCAAGUUCUUAAACAGACAAAUGACGGACCGCGGUAUAGUGCCUCAGUGUUUACCUCGGUUAAAUUUGGUUCCCAGUCCACCAAGUGUAGGCCAGAUUUUGACACAGAAACCUAUUACACCUAAUUUUGACAAGUCUCCCCAAAACUUUGCUUCUUUGGAUAAUGCGCCUUCAAAAUUGCCAUUGAGAGAAGAAAAUCAAUCGCCAUCUUUUCUGAAGAACAGAUAUUCUCCACAAACACAACUUAGAAUAUCAAGUUAUGCAGCUGAUUCGGCUUAUGAAACAUCUCCAUCCAAUGGUGCCAGUCAGUUACCUACAAACAGUCUGAAAAUAGACACAGCUUUAAGGACUAAUGAAAUAAAUCUAGAUAUUGACCCGAGUGCUUUAAGUGCUGCUUUUAGAGGUGAUCGUAUUGUGAAGCAUAGUACUGCUAAAAAACCAAGCAGUAAUAAAAAUUUAAGGACAACAAAAAAGACCUGAACAGUUUUAUUUGAUUUUUUUCCUUAUUUAUUAUGUAGAGUAUGAGUUUUAAUGAAUUGUUCGUGUACAAAUGUAGUAUAUAUUUCGAAUACAUUAUAUCUUAUUCUGUGUUAAAAUUUAUCUGUAAACUUGUGUGAAUCACAUGUAAAAUAAAUUUAAAUUUGAAUAUUUUUAGAAUUUUAGUGUGUGAGUAUUUAUUUUUCUGUUUUAUUUAUAUAACCUUUACAGGAUGAAAUAACAAAUCAAGAACCACUCUGAGAAUAUUCACUCUUUUUUUUUUUAAUCUCCUUCCAGACACUUCAAGAAGCAUUAGCAAAGUUACUGUAACUUUUUCUAAUUCUUCAAUUUUUUAAUUCUUCCAAGCAUCAAACUUUUGUAGCAUAUGUACUACAAAGCCAAAUCACCUCGCACAUACCUAUUUUGAUUCUGGAAAUGCUUGCAAACAAAGAAUAGAAACAGGAAACAGAUUAAAUAUCCUCCAGUCAGUGCUUGUUUUGAAAACUGCCACUGAAAGUUACAAAUGAUGUUGUAGUUUAUAUACAGGGUGAGUUCGAUCGAAUCUGCCAUACGAAAGGGGGUGACAGAAGAGCCCAAGCGGAGCAUAGAACCACCCAUUAUCGUGUCCAAUCCUUAACCGUA